AAAUUUGAGUUUUACGCGGCGGUAUCGACUUUGGAAAGUCCUUCAAUACCAUACGCGGCGGUAUCGACUUUGGAAAGUCCUUCCAAUACCAUUGACGAAUGCAGUGCUCACACUUCCAAUUCCAGUUAACAGAUACCAUGGUGGCCGGCUCGGCGACUGUUUUCAUUUUCUCUUCUAUUUUAUUUUUCAAUUAUUAUGCAUUUUUGGAUGUUUUUUUAUCUUUGGUACUUUUGCCUGUUAGUCGCACAGUACAGUAAUAACUAAUAACAGAUAUUUGAAUUGGUUUGUCGAAUCUGUAUGUGGAUUGUUUGCAGUCUGGUCUUAAACUGUGAACGGCUGCCGCUUGAGACAGGCUCGCAGCCAGAUGUUUUGCUAAGGAAUCUCACCGACGGCGUAUCUUUCGAUAUCCGGGAACGCAUUGACUCCACCAGAAUCCAGCCUUUCAGGUGUAAGAAUGAAUCCUUUGCAGCGUUUUACGCAUGUACUUCUCGUCAGACCGCACAAUCUGGUCGGAAUUUGCCGCCGCUCUGAAAGCAUUCUCGCCUCAAAAUCGGCUAGAGCUGUCCUAAAGAAAGACGAAAAAGAUGUUGAAGUAAUUCCUCCACUUUCUCAACGGACUCCCGAAAUUCCCGCUAGCUUCAGGUUUAUAUACCCUGAGUUUCUGCCUAAUAUCGAUCCAAAAAAGAGAAAUUACCUAUCCGAGAAGCUAGAACGCCAGGAUAUGAUGCGUCGAAGAACUCAGCUGCACAUUCCGGAAUUUUAUCCGGGAUCCAUAAUGGCCGUAACAACAUCCGAUCCUCAUUCACCAACAAAAACCAACCGAUUUGUGGGGAUUUGUUUAUAUCGUGGUUGUCCCGGACUGGAAUCGUGCUUCGUCCUGAGAAACCAUGUAGAUGGCACUGCGGUGGAGAUCAAAUAUCACAUGUACAAUCCAACAGUGCGAAAAAUUGAAGUGCUGCGCUUGGAGCGUCGCUUGGAUGAUCAGCUGUUUUAUCUCCGCGAUGCGCCGGCGGAAUUCAGCACGUUUCCGUUCGAUUUGGAUUACCAGCCACAUCCAGAAGGUGCACCCAUACCCCUCAAUGAAACUGUGGUCAAAUUGAAUCCUCUUCCGUGGACAACGAGAUGGGAGCAGUAUGCGUUCAAGGGAUUGGUGUUUGAUGUUAAUCUGCCGAACUGGCGAAGUAGGAGAACUCCCAAGACGAUGGCACCGCAUGCGUGGGAGAGAUUUGAUUUGAUGAAAAAAUACCGCAAGCAGAUUGUCCUGGAGGAUCAAGAAAUUGCGUUCAAAGAUGUCUUUGAAUUUAAUAAUGGGCGUUUUGAAAAGCGGAAGCCUAAGGAGAAAUGAACAGUAAAUUUUUUAUAGUCCGAUGUGACUUCUUGCAAAUUUUACGAUUCUGGGGAACUGAUUAGUGCAUGGAGCUUCCACAGCUUAGAUUCUGCAGGUUUUGUAUAAUACAUAGUUUGGAGUU